AUGGCUGCCAUGAUGUCAAGACGAAUGUUAUCGAAAGACGAGGAAGGUGAAGAGACCGAGGUCCGCCGCGAAGACCAGGACAAGAUCAAUCGUUUCAGCACACUGCAUCAGAGAGAGAAGCUUUUGCAAGCGGAGCUCAAGACUAAAGAGCGUGUGUUACAGAAGGAGAAGGAGGAUUUGGAAGAAGUCUCGUCAGAACUCGAGCUUGCUGACGAAGACGAAAAGGUCUCAUACAAGAUCGGAGACUCCUUCUUCCUUCUACCUUUGCCCGAGGUUCAGGAGCUGCUGACAGCGUCAAUUGAGAAGAUCGAUGCCGAUGUAACGGCUGUUGAAGAGAAGUUGAGCGAGCACAGGGAAGAGAUGCAGCAGCUGAAGACGGCACUCUACGGUCGUUUUGGUCGCAGCAUCAAUCUCGAGGCAUAG